AUGGUCGCAUGGUCGGUGGAACUCUCAGAGUUUGGACUCCGCUACGAGCCUCGGGGCUCCAUUAAGGGUCAGCACUUAGUAGAUUUUGCAGCCGAGCUCACGCCCGUAUCCGACGAUUCGACACCAAAGUGGCUCCUCAACGUGGACGGCUCCUCGGACAAAAGGGGAGGAGGGGCUGGUAUCGUCCUGGAAGGACCAAAUGGUCUAGUCACGGAGCAGGCUAUCACAUGUAGAUUUCCAUCCAGCAACAACCAAGCCGAAUAUGAAGCUUUGAUUGCUGGUCUAACCCUCGCCAAGGAACUCGCGGUCGCUCGUUUAGAGUGUCGAAUGGACUCACAGUUGGAUUUCACCGAGGUCGGCAUCAUCCAUGUACCCCGGGAGCAGAACGCGAGAGCAGACCUCCUGUCUAAAUUAACUCACUCCAAGGAGCGCGCACAACUGUCUUCAAUCAUCAAAAUGACGUUCGACCAUCCGGUCGUAGAAGCUUUCGCCACCGAUGUUCCAGCGCCGACAACAGAUUGGAGGCAGGAAGUCAAGGAUCUGAUGAUGAAGCAGGAGCGAGGGGAAAAGAUUACCGCGCGUGAUUCCAAACGCAUCGCACGUUUUCUGUACAUAGGUGACGACCUCUAUCGACGCGGCCAUAGUACCCCUCUGCUAAAAUGCAUAUCAGUGGAAGAAGCUGACUACGUCUUGCGCGAACUUCACACCGGAAUCUGCGUUUUCAUUCAGGCCCACGGUCAGGUUGCCCACAUCCCUCCCGAAGAGUUACAUAGUAUCAUAUCUCCGUGGCCGUUCGCUCAAUGGGGACUCGACAUAUUCGGACCAUUACCCCUAGCCAAAGCACAGAGCAAAUUCCUCCUAGUCGCCGUCGAUUAUUUCACCAAGUGGAUCGAGGCCGAACCCCUAUCUAUUAUCAGCGCCCAGCGAGUACAAAAGUUCAUCUGGCAUUUAAUCUGUCGAUUCGGUCUACCACAAAAGAUCAUCACUGACAAAGGUCGACAGUUCGUCGAGCGCAAGCUAGAGGAAUUCCUCAGCAAUCUGGGCAUUAAACACGUAACCGGUUCAGUGGAACAUCCGCAAACGAACGGACAAACGGAGGCCGCGAAUAAAGCUAUACUCAUUGAAUUGAAGAAGCGACUCGGCGAAGCCAAAGGUUUAUGGGUGGAAGAACUACUUGAAGUCUUAUGGGUGUACAGAUGCACCCCACACGACUCCACCGGGGACACUCCAUUCAACUUAACUUACGACACUGAUGCCAUGCUCCCAGUCGAGGUCGGAGAGCCCUCCCUGCGCCGACACAUCACCAAUCUAACACUUAAUGAUGAGCAGCUGCGGUUGAAUCUCGACACCUUGCCCGAGCGUCGAGAAGUCACCACCGUUCGUGUUGAAGCUUAA